UUGUUAGAGAGCUCUGAGUGGUUUCAAACGCUGCUUAUUUUCUGCAGUAAAAUCAAAAUUUGUAUAAUAUAUAGACUUGUGCCCAAUGGGCUCUACUUGGAAUUAACCUAGAAAUCUGGGGGAAGGGCUCCCCUAAAGAAUCAUAUGCAAAAAAGUGAGCCAUGUCUGUAAAUCGUACUGAGAGAAAAACAACAAAUCCCAGAAUUCCCUUCAGGAAUAAUCCCACCCCUGAGCUCAUUUCCUGUGACAGACGGGAGUCAGGCAGUAGGUAGUGGGUCACACUCAUGCAGCACCUAUUGAACCCAAUAAUACUAAACACAAUGAAUAAAGAUAAGAAGCAAAUGACUGAGAAGAUAUUGAAUCAUGCCCUGGGUAUUAUAUUCUUGCUUACUGGAGAGGAAUACAUCAUUGUGAAGAAGAAUUAUCCCCACAGUAGCAUUCAGCUGCUUACUGGAGAGGUUCCAAUAAAGUGUGGAGAUGUUGCAGUCUAUUUCUCCAUGGAGGAAUGGGAAUACUUAGAAGGACACAAGAAACUUUACAAGGAUGUUGGAACAGAGGAGCAAAAGUCUUCGGAGGUUCCAGCACAACAAAACUCUGACCUUUGUGACAAAAAUCAAAAAAUUGUGGCUACUAAUCAUGUGGACAAAAUGGAGGAAGAUGGAAAUCCUGUUCAGCAGGGACCUGUUGCUUCAGACACUGGCCCAGCAUAUACCCAGAACAAAGCUCCAGACAAUGUGCUUAUUGCUAAGGAGGAGAAAGAAGAGAUUAAUGAUUUAAACAGAAAUCAACCUGGAGUCCAUUCUUCCUUUGAUAAAGGGAAUUCGCAUAAUGGAGUCUGCACAUCAGACGAAACGAAGCUCUUAAAAAAUAAUUUAUUAGAAGUUUCCCGCAAUGCCGUCUGCACUUCAGAUGAAAUAAUGUAUAUGAAAAGGAAUAUAUUAGGGGAUUCCCAGAAAGCAAUCUGCACAUCCAAUGAAAGGACGUGUAUGAAAAGGAAUACAGUUGGGGAUUCCUACAGUUUAAUGAACACAUCAGAGGAAAUGAUGCGCAUCAAGAGCAAAUUAUCAGAUCCCCGCAGCACAUCAAAGGAAGUGAUGUAUAUGAAGAAUAAUAUAUUGGGAGGCUACACGAGUGCAGUUUGCAAAUCAGCAGAAGGGAUGCAUAUGAAAAGGGAUAUUGUAUCAAAUUCCCACAAUGCAAUACACCCGUCCGAUAACAUGGUGUUUGGAAAUAGUCGCUUUUGCACAGAGUUUCAGGGCAGACACUACGGAAUUCCAUCUAAUGAACCAAAGCCGUUUGGAAAAGUCAUUCUUACUCCCAUUUCAAUACCGUGCCCACGGGGCUACAAAACGCAGGAUCUGCGUGACCACUUUGUCACUGGGAGCAACGGGAGCGUAUCCUACAUUGAGUCCAUAGUGAAUGACCACCAGGCAAAACUCAAAGAUGAAAAACCUUAUAAACUUGAAGUUAGGAGACAACUGUCCCCCAAAUGCACAGCUUCCGAGGAAAAGCCCCAUAAAUGUAACGUUUGCGGAAAGCAGUUCCCCACACUUUCUAAGGCUUCUUCCCAUUCGAGAAUUCACAACAAGCCAUUUGUGUGCCCUGAAUGCGGCAAAGGCUUUCCUUUUAGGUCCAACCUAAAUAAACACAUUAGGACUCACGCAAAGGUAACCCAACAUGCCUGCCCUGAAUGCGGCAAAUACUUUGACAAAAGAACAUUGCUGGAGAAACACUUCACAAGCCACACCCUAGAGAAGCCAUAUGUGUGCCCGGAAUGUGGCAAAUGCUUUUCUCAGAGGUCGUGCAUGGAAACGCACUACCGAAUUCAUACAAAAGAGAAACCGUAUUCUUGCCGGGAAUGCGGCAAAUGUUUUGCUCAGAGGGGACAUCGCAACAUGCACCAAAGAAUUCACACGGGGGAGAAACCAUUUCCUUGCCCUGAGUGUGGGAAAUGCUUUUCUCAAAAGAUACUCCUAGAUGUCCACUACAGAGUCCACUCAGGAGAGAAACCCUACUCCUGCCCUGAGUGUGGCAAAUCCUUAACAACAAGGGCUAAUAUGGAGGCACAUCUGAAAACCCAUUGUGGUUUGGAUCCAUGUGACCCCUAAAAGUGGAGAUAGUUUCUUAUGUUUUCGUUUUGUAAGCCAGCUGAUAGCACAUGCUGGAAAGGUGGAUAUUUGGGGUCAAAUUUAUCAAAAAUUGUUGUGUUUAGUCAUCUCGUAUAAUAUGGCAUCAUCUACAAUUCGCCGAUCACCUCGAAUGUCCGUGAGGUUUAAUAAGUAAUUUCUCAAAUGGGUUAAACUCAAUCAAGUAAAUUAUAUUUGGAAAUCUGCUGUACUUUUCUCUAAUUCCAUCAUAACUUGUUGGCCAAAGUCAAGUAUUAGCUCAAAAACAGCUUGAAUAUCUACAUUUUCAAAAACAAUUCAAAUCUAACAUUUCCCAUGGUUUCAGUUGUAUCUCAAUAGAUCUGAGCUGGAAAGAUGAAACUUCAUGAUCUCAUAAGUCUGAAAAAUCAGCAUUUCAGGAUCACGUAAACUCGAAGCAUUGAUGAUUCGUACUUAUUAGACAAUCUCCGGUCUCAGACUUUGAUAAAUGUGCCCCUGUUACAAAUCCCAACAAAUGUUUAAACACAAAUGUAUUUCUAACACCUGUACUUUUGUUUAGUUGUUUAGUAAAAUGUCAUUUUCAUUAAAAAAAAAUGCUGAAUAAAA